UAAGUGUACUAUAUAUACGGGGCCUUUCGCAACCCAGUCUUAACGUCCAAAGCUGCAGACCUCAACAAACCCUCCGAUCUAAACAAUAUUUGAAGACGAUCGCCACCACCACGCCAAGCUCAUCAAUCAAAUCCUUCACUUUCUCUCUUUUUUAAUCCUUUCUUCGCUACACACUACGCACGUACAAAACUAGCUAUAUUUUUCAGUUGUCUCACUCCCAAGUUCAACCAGACGGCUGUUUCUCUCCGGUGGUGAACUUAUGAGUACUAUUUAUUGACAAAUGCUUUGUGGAUGAGUUGUGCUAGUUCUGCUUAUGGGUUGUGUCUUGACCAAAAAAAGUAGACAAUUCCCUGGUUACGAGGAGCCUUCUGUUCUUGCUGCUGAAACACCUUUCACUGUUAGUGAAGUUGAGGCCUUGUAUGAGCUGUUUAAGAAAUUAAGCAGCUCAAUAAUUGAUGAUGGGCUUAUUCACAAGGAGGAGUUUCAGCUUGCACUCUUCAGGAACAGGAAUAGGAGGAAUCUUUUUGCUGACAGGAUCUUUGAUCUGUUUGAUAUCAAGCGCAAUGGGGUCAUCGAGUUUGGGGAAUUUGUUCGAUCAUUGGGUGUCUUUCAUCCAAAUGCACCUGUCGAGGACAAAAUUACAUUUGCUUUCAGAUUGUAUGAUCUAAGGCAGACUGGUUUCAUUGAGUGGGAGGAGUUAAAGGAGAUGGUAUUGGCAUUGCUGCAUGAAUCAGACCUCAUGCUUUCAGAAGAUGUUGUUGAAACUAUUGUGAAUAAGACUUUUAAUGAUGCUGAUGCAAAAGGUGACGGAAAAAUUGAUCUAGACGAAUGGAAAGAAUUCGUGUCAAAGAACCCCUCUCUAAUAAAAAAUAUGACUCUUCCAUAUUUGAAGGACAUAACCUUGGCAUUUCCCAGCUUUGUGGCAAAUACUGAAGUUGAAGAUGAAGAAGUCCAAGUUCAUAUCAAAUCUAAUAUGUAUUGAUGUUGUUGCUCUUGGAAAUGGAUAUAAUCUACAAGCGAAUUAAAUUCCACAUGGUUUCAUAUCCAUGGCUCACCAGAAGAGCUAGAAGCAAGCUCAGAGAAAGCAAGUGUGAGUCUUUUGGAACACAGCUGGGCUAGAACAUCAAUCUGUGGCUGCUCUAUUAUGCAAUCUUACUGGGUGCUUAUACUAUUUUUCUUGUAGAAGUGAUUUAUAUGUAUCUGGUUUCAGCAUCAGAAGUUUUGUCACUAUGAUGCUGUGUGCCUUUGAGGAGGUAAAUUUUCAGUCCCACUCUCGUUCUUUAUGUAAUAAAUAAUGUUUUAGUAUUGUAGAGUGAUACCUCGAGUACUUCUAAGCGGUCUUUUUCAUUUUAUAUAUAUUUCAGUAAAA